GAGCCCUAGCUUCUGCGGCUGCCAGACUCCGAGAGGCCGAGAACAGCCGAUAAUAGGAGAACGAUAAGAGGUGUGGGGUGAGAGUGAGAAAGAGAGUAAAUUGUGGAAAGGUUUCUUCUCUGUUAUUUUUCUUGUUAACGGAGACUUUUAUGAGACGCCUUUGCCUCCCCCCCCCCCUCUUGGUGAUAUAUUAUUCCCUGAAGUGAACUAAAGCUUUGAAUACAAAGGACUUAAGAAUCCUAUCUACUUGCCAGGGGAAUAGCUCCUUAUUAACCUUCGGCAAAGCUUCAAAGCUAGAGGGGAGUAGAAGACUUACUUAUUUUUUUUAAAAAAAGGAAGAGAAAUAAACACACCGUAAAUCUCCACUCCUAAGACUAGGAAAUAAACGCAACGUAAAACAUCAUUCUUGGGACUUGAAGAAUAGAAACGGAGGCUAUGGCAACAAGAAGGAACACGACUGAGAGUAAAAAUACAAAACCAGGAAUGAAUCAGACAACAUCCACACCUAAAAAAGCCCAAAAUGACUCAAAAAUUGAGCAGAUGCUAAACUCUGUCCUAUCUUUACAGACAGAAACAAAGGAGCAACUAAAUAAAUUCCAAACGGAUACAAAUAAAAAAUUUGAAAUAAUAGAGCAAGAGUUCCAAUACAUAAAGAAAGAACUGAAAGACAAUGCUACACAAUUUAAAAAGAUAGAGGAGGCCUUCUCCCAAAUGAACUCAGCCCUGCAUGAAAAUGCUGAACACACUGAGGAAUUGGAGGAGGCAGUAGGAAAAAUCAAGGACCAACAAGGGAAAGAUACUGCCCAACUGGCUUUAUUAGAACUAAAACAAAAGGAAACUUUUAUAAGAGUUAGAGGCCUUCCUGAAGCAACCAAUGAGAAUCUUCUUCAAAGAAUUCUCCCUCUUUUAAAUGAAGCGUGGCAAAUGGACAAUGAUGAAUCUGUAAAAGAAAUAGACAGAGUAUACCGCGUAAACUCAAGGAUUGCACGUGCAAAAAAUAUCCCAAGGGACAUAGUUUUUAACUGUGUCCGAAAGAGUCUUAGGGACGAAUUCCUCCGAUAUUAUUCUGCCAAUAAACCACAACUGGACGGAGUAACACUGAUCUUCCUAAAAGAGAUCCCAUCCUUCUUUAGGAAGAAGAGAAGAGACUAUACAGAGCUUGCCGAUACUCUAAGGCUUAAUGGAAUCCGCUUCAGGUGGAACAUCCCAGAAGGCCUAGCUUUCCAAUUUAACUCAAAAAACUAUAACAUAACAUCUACGGCUAAAGCACAAGACUUUUUGACAAAAAAAAGAACAAUCUAAAACCCAGCGAAGGCUAGGGGCAUGUCUAAUCCUGGCCAAACAAUGGCGAACAGCUAUAAUUCCCUCCAUGGAAGAUUGGCAUAGCAAAAUACAACAACUUUUUGUUUUGGAUAAGGGUUUUCAUCAAUCUAGAUUCCUUCCAGUGGAAACAUAUUUAGAGAUCUGGCAACCCUGGUUACUAUAUUUAAAGGGAAAGAUAGAAUUGAUUUCCAUCCAAUUGAUUACUAAAGGUAUAUGUUUAUUUUCAAAAAUAAUAACAUAACCAAGAAAUUAGAUGUAAUUUAAUUUAGUAUUAGACAGUUUGAUUAGACAUAAAAACUGAACAUUGGGUUCAGAGGUUUAUAAACUGCUAGAAAUGUUAAAGUAUUUAAUAAAUGAAUAUAUUCUUUUGAAGGAGAAGUCGCUCUUUAUAUAGACAGAUUAUAGAAUGAAUUUAUUUAAUUGCAUCAAUUUGUUGUAUUAACCUAGAUAUAUAUCAGAUUGAUUACUUUAUUAUAUAU